UUCCAUGGGUGCCCCGUCGCUCGGGGCACCCCCGGGCGGUGCUGCGGGGUGGGGGCGGGGAUGGAGGGGGGUGCACGGGGGAGGAGAGCAUCCAGGGGCUCCCCCGUCCCGCCCUCAUGGGGGGGAUCACCCCCUUAAAAUCAUGACACCCCCUGGAGAGAGGGGUGGGCUGACUCCUGCCGGCAACUCAUCGCCCCCCCCCCCCCGUAGCCCCCCGUUGCGGCGAGGGGCGGGCUCGGGGGUGGGGGGGGAUAGGAAAGGCGUGCGGCCCCUUUAAAUUUACCCAGGAGCCCUUAAAGGAGCCCCAGGGGCCCCACGGCAGCGUCCCCACCCCGGUCGGCCCCCGCCCGCCGCCGCCACCGCCCCGGGCCCCGCCAUGGAGCCCCCGGCCCCCCACCCCGCCCCCGGCCCGCUCCCGGCCGGCCCAGCCCCUUCCCCGCGGGGGCUGCGCCGGAGCCUGGAGCUGCAGAAAGCCCGGGAGAAAGCCCGGGAGAAAGCCCGGGAGCAGCCCCAAAAACCCCGGGACAAAGCCCAGGAGCAGCACCGGGAGAAGCCCCAGGAGAAGCUCUGGGAGCAGCCCCAGAAGCCCCGGGACAAACCCCAGGAGAAGCCCCAGGAGAAGCCCCAGGAGAAGCUCCAGGAGCAGCUCCAGAAUCCCCGGGAGCAGCUCCGGGAGCAGCCCCAGAAGCCCCGGGAGCAGCUCCGGGAGAAGCCCCAGGAAAUGCUCUGGGAUCAGCCCCAGAAGCCCCGGGAGCAGCCCCGGGAGCAGCCCCGGGACUGGCGGGCGUCGCGGCCGGGCCGGAGCCGGGUGCCGGGCCGGGACCACCGCCGGUACUACCACGAGCGCUGGCGCGCCGAGUACCUGAUGGAGUUCAACGCGGCGCGGCACGGCAUGCGCUGCCUGGUGUGCGGCAGCGCCCUGGCCACGCUCAAGCUCAGCACCAUCAAGCGCCACAUCCGCCAGAAACACCCCUACUCGGGCGCCUGGGGGCCCCGCGAGAAGCAGCUGGUGCUGCGCUCCUGGGACGCCCACCCGGGACAGCCCCCCCGGCCCGAGGGACCCCCCGGCGGCGCCCGCGGGACAGGGCCCCGUCCCCCGUCCCCGAGGGCCACCAAGGUGUCCCCGGGGGGGGUGGCGGUGGUCGGGGACUCGCUGCGGGGGUGGCUGCGGGCCGAGCUGCUGCUGGACCUGGAGGCCGGGGGCCACCGGCUGCGCUGCCUCCUGUGCGCCUGUCCCCUGCCCUCGCUGCACCUCGGGGACAUCCGGCGGCACGCGCUGGCCGCGCACCCCGACAGCCUGCGGGGACAGCGGGGACACGGCCGGUGA